GAUAGGACUCAGCGGUCCAAAUGAAUUCGCUCUAUGACCUUGGGGGCGCUUUCGCACAUUCCCAAGUGACUUCUGAAUGGAUGAUUUCUUAUGUUUUGAUGAAAGCCUGUUUGAACGUGAAGCCAGUGAUGAACGUCCCCGCUGUCCUGCAUUUCUUCCUAACAUUGUUGGUGAUUUGAAAUUUUUACAUGAAAGUGAUGAAGAGUCUUUGAAAGCUGCAUCAGAUUGGUUUUAUUUAUCAAAAGAAUAUGAUCGUUGUUCAGAUUGUUUACUCAAAUUAUGGGAUAGAUAGUGGUCAUGCCUCUGAUGGCUAUCCAAAAAGAAUUAUUACUGAAGCUAUUGUACGAUGCUUUUUAAAGUUGAACAGGAAACAAGACUUGCCAUUUUUUCUUAAACAGCAUUGCCAGUUAUCAAUCACUCAAGAAGAUUAUAUUGGACAUUUAAUGAUUCGGCUUAUGCCCCAGGCGUAUGAGUCGAAACAAGAUCGACUUGAAUUAUUACAACGUCUUCUGUUGGCAGUUCCACCAUCUUUUGUCGACAGUGAUUCUUCUCUUGUCAAUAACACUAACAGUUCGUCGACACAAUUUCAAUUAUGGAUUGAUUUAUCAUCUUUGUGGAGUUCCAUUGAAAUUGACGAUGAUACAGUACAAAAACAAUUUUAUCCUGUUUGGUUCACUCAGAUUGCCUUACUCUAUGCUGGAAUUCUAAAUAUUCCUGCAAAAGGGAUUGGUAGUUCUGUGACAUGGACUGAUGAAUCGCUUACUCAAGAAGAAAUUAAUACAUGCCGUAAACUUGCAUUGCAUAUUUUAACCAAAUACAGUAACUCAUCGAAUAAAUCCACCUCUGUUGUAAUGAAUAACGUUGACAGUAUCAAUAUUCCUGAGGACGGUGAUAAGUAUGAAUUGCCUUUUAUGCCAAAACAGAAAUGCUGUUCAGCAGAUACUCUGGAGACUGGUGGAUCCGAUGAAGUUCGAUCUGUAUUUUUUCAUGUGUUUGUUGCACCAUUUGUAAAUAUUUAUAAAGAAUAAUCUGAAGA